AUAUUAAUCUCCUCUCUUUAGUCUCCAUUGCUUCGGCAUAAAGAGUACUGCUUGAUCUCCCCAACGAUGGUGAUAUAUGUAGACUCACGUUGCUGCUGCAUUGCCUUGUAAGUCACCAUGGGAAGCGCUGAAGAGAAGAAGGCUUGGCGUCUGCCGGUUUUCUUCCGAUCGAAGCUGAAGGUCCUGCUCCUCGUCGUCUCCACCAACCUGCUCUCUGUCUACUUCUUCUCCGGCGCCAACUACGCGAUCGUGGGUGGUUCCGAUGCACUUGCGCGGGAGCUCAACUCCACGCGGUUGAAGCUCUCAGAGAGCCGCGAGGAGCACGCGCAGCUUCGGCGCCGGCUGGAGACCGCCAGCGGCCUCCUGGAGGCCCUCCUCAGUGAGCUCGGCCGCCGCCACGGCGACCAGGCGGCCUCUGACGAUCUGGACGGGUGGCCAGAUGAGCUCCUCGGGGAGCUGAAGCUGGCGGCGGGGCCGCACAAGCUCCCCCUGGGCUACAACCACAACCUCGGCACCGAUGAGCUGUUCCCCACGUUGGGGUUCGCCUGCCGGCUGUUCCAGGAGGAGCUGACGAGGUACAUGUCGUACGAGGUGGGGAAGGAGUGCCCGAGCGACGGCGCGUUCGCGCAGCGGCUGAUGCUGAAGGGCUGCGAGCCGCUGCCCCGCCGCCGGUGCGUCCCGGUGUCGCCCAAGGGCUACGUCGAGCCGGCGGCGCUGCCGGAGAGCCUCUGGUCCACGCCGCCGGACACCAGCGUCGUGUGGGACGCGUACGCCUGCAAGAACUACAGCUGCCUCGUCAACCGCGGUCGCGGCAGGGGAUCCCACGACUGCAACGACUGCUUCAACCUGAAGGGGCGGGAGAAGUCGCGGUGGCUCGCUGACGGCGGCGGGCUCGACUUCGGCAUGGACGGCGUGCUGGCGACGAAGCCGAAGGGGACGGUGCGGAUCGGGCUGGACAUCGGCGGCGGGAGCGGUACGUUCGCGGCGCGGAUGAGGGAGCGUGGUGUGACGGUGGUGUCGACCACCAUGGACUUCGACGGGCCGUUCAACAGCUUCAUCGCCUCGCGGGGGCUGCUGCCGAUGCACAUCAGCGUCGCCCACCGCCUGCCCUUCUUCGACAACACCCUCGACAUCGUGCACUCGAUGCACGUCCUCAGCAACUGGAUCCCGGAGCCGAUGCUGGAGUUCGCGCUGUACGACGUGUACAGGGUGCUGCGGCCGGGCGGGCUGUUCUGGCUGGACCACUUCUUCUGCACAGGGGAGCAGCUCAACGCCACCUACGUGCCCAUGAUCGAGCGCGUCGGCUUCAACAACCUGCGUUGGGUCACCGGCCGCAAGCUCGACCGGGGGAUCGAGAAGAAUGAGUGGUACCUAUCGGCUCUGCUCGAGAGGCCCAUGACCACGACGAACACUUGAUUGACCUCUUCUUCCACGAGGGAAUCAGAACAGUGCAAAGAUUAGAGAGAGGCAUUAAGGGAGUAAACUGUUAGCUUCAUCAGCAAUUGGGACAUACGAGCUCAGUAGAAGAACUCGAACUUGUCACUGUGCUUCCAGUUUGCCUUCGUCCAUGUACUUCUCUAAGGAGUUCACUAUUGUUUCUACUAUUCUUCUUCCCCGCACAAGUAUACAAUGAUUUAGGCGUACUUGUGACAUCUAAAUUUAUGUCUAGAAUUUACAUGUUAUUACUAAUGAACUUAAUAACAAACAAUGCGAAGAAC